GUGGUCCUUCUUGGAUAAAUUGGUUUGAGUCGCAGACGACGGAAGAAGGCAAAUGCAUCACCUUCAAACUGGACAGUGAGACUCCCUUUGUUAAAAGCAAAACAUGCGCCGUGUGCGCUUCGUGCGCCACAUUCCAUUGGCCGCCCCCCCUGCGGCUACAGCCGUUGCGGUCGCCCCCGGUGCCGCGGCGGCCGUUGCGGUCGAUGCUGAGUAUGUGGAAGUCGAUCCGGCACUCCGGGAACAUCUCAAAAAGUUGUUGUUGUCCGAUGGCGAUGUCUUGAGCGACACAAUUUUGAGAGGUGAUGAUGGCGACGUGCCGGCGCAUUUUGCGCUGCUUCAAGCCCGUUGCCCACGUUUGUCCCAAAAAGUGGGACGCACCCACGAGGCUAAGCGGCGGCGGCUAGCUUCGGGUGAGAAUGCUGACAUCUCAGUGAUCGAGAUGCAGGGCGCAACUACGAGGACGCUUCGAAUGCUUCUUCUUUUCAUCUACACGGAUCGCCUGGUUCUCGGUGAUGGGCUCGGGGUGAAAGAUGUCUUUCAGCUGAUGACGCUAGCAAAGGGGCUCUUUCUUGCACAAAAUGAUAGUGCGUGCUGUGCAAUGCGACGCCUGCACGCGCUUUGUGAAAAGCAUGUGCAUGAUGCCGUGGAGCCUUCAAAUGCUGGUGAGAUUCUUUCAGAAGCCAAGAAGAUAGGGUCGAAACGGCUGCAGAACGACGUUUUCGUGGCAUUGGCUAACAUGAAGCUGCUCCACGAUACUGACUUCAUCAAGCGGUUGAUCGCAGCAUUGGAACAUGAUCAAGAGUUACUGGCAAUGGCGAUAUCAGCUGCUGCAGGUAAUCUUCAAGUGCUACCUGUCUACAGCCAAAACAGUAGCAUCCCACCACCAAAUUUGCUGAGAGAUUUGGAGUCGAUGCUUAAUACUGCAAGACAAGCAGAUGGCAAACCUUUGAAAGAAACCGGUUGCAUCGAUUGCCGCCUUAUUGCAAAAGCUGAAUCUAAGCAGGAACUAGCAGCGCACCGAUUCAUGCUCAUUGCUCGUUCCGAGUAUUAUAAAGGCGUGCUGUUGACAUCCUUGGCAGAAGCCAAGAGUGGAGAAAUCAGGACAUCUCUCAAGCCAGAGCCUAGCGUGGGCAGCAUGAAGGCUUUGUUGACGUAUCUUUACACCGGGAAGACUUGGCCUGAAGGUCAAGUGAUGACCGCAUUUGACUGGCUGGAUUUCUUGGCCCUUUUGGAUGGUCCUGGGGGCAAGAAUUAUUUGCUGCUUGCAGAGCAGGAAUGCAGCCGGCUUCGAACACUCGCACUGCGCUGCCUGGAAUCGGAACUGGCCCCGGGGGACUCGUGGGCAUUGCUGCGGAAGGCGAUCAUUCGCCAGAACGAUGCGGUGAAAUCCAUCGCCAUACAAUCUGUCCUGAAAAGUUCACCGGAAAAGUGCCGCGAUCCUGUCAGGUUUAAAGCUUGGAGCGGUGCAUUUGCCGACAUGGAUUGGUGGACGCCAGAGUUGGAAGCUGAUUUGCUUCGAGAGUUUGUGAGAGGGUAUUGUCUGUACAUCCUGGGUUGAAAGCGGGCACUUUCGCACUACUCUGGGGCCAAUUUAUAUGGGCCCUGCAGGAAGAACCCCAAGAACACACUCACACACUGUUUGCGGAAAAA